CGGCGAUAUCUUGCAAAGAUGGCGGCAGAUUUGAGUGUAAACAAAGUUGUACUUUUGCAGGUUAGUUCAAAACUUCCUGGCGAGCCACAGGGGAUUAUUUCGCGAGAAAAAUUAAAAUUUCAGUUUUAAAUAUUAAUUCUUUUUUUUAAAUCAAACAGGCAGGCGUGCGGGGGUUUCUUGUGCGUAAAAAGUUACUCGAAGUCCGGAAAGAAUUUGAGGAAAUUUUGAGUGAGCUGGAAAAUGAUACAAACUUUGUCUGGUGGAAGACACAAGUUCCAGGGCUUCCUUUGAUGAGUACGGAUCCUAAAGGACUAGACAAAGCAAUAGAGGAGAGUAAUUCAGGCCUAGACGGAGAAAGUGACGAUGAAUCGAAACGAACAUAUCUCAUCACGGAAGGUUCUGGUUCAUCAGAUGUAGAUGACAACUGCGAGGGUGAUCCUCUUAUAAAAAACCCUGUUCCUCAAGAUUCAAGCUUCGAAAGGCUUAAUUCAGCGUCAGAGACAUAUCUUAAGAUAAGUACUGCAGAGCUAGAGGGUAAAACGACGGUAGAUGCGAAUUCUAGACUCAAAGAACAUGAUGACGGUGAAAGGUAUGACGCUGAUGAAGGACUACUUCCAGAAAGGCCUAUUCCUGGUGCGUCAAACCCUGAAAGUGUUAACUGCAGUAGUGAAUUGCAUAUCAACCAUGUGUUUGGUUUACAAAAUGGAACAACUUCCUUGCAGGUGGAAAAGCCAGAUACAGAAGCUUCAUUAUUUGGAGGACAAAAUCUGGAAAGGCAGAAUUUGUUUAAUGCAAAUGCAGAACUAACUUUUCAACAUGGUAGUCCAGUUGAAACAUCUCGCCAUAUCAGAGAGCCACAUUUCCCCCUUAACAGUACUGUUAACCCUGGGUGGCAGAAUGAACAAGAGAUGAGGAGGUCUUUUGGACCACCUGACAGUGCAUCUGAGGCAUCGCUUCAAGAAUACGUGUCCAGGACACCACAUCUGAGGGAACAAGCGCUUCUUAGUGACACUUGGUUGACUGAUAAAUCAUUUGGUGAGAUGAUCUAUAGAUGCAUUUCAUUGGUUCCUUUUCCUCUUCACUCUCAGGAGUGACAAAAUAGAAAUUUCUUACCACAAUCUCGAUACAUAACCCUUCAACUCCUGUGAGUGACCAAGACAGAAUUUCUCCUUACUAUAUCUAUACAAUAUCAUGCAGACAAGUGAUGAGAAUAAAGAAAAAUAUUAAUUAUGGGAUUACUAAUUGAUCCAAUACCAAAUUCUCCAAACUAACAUAAUGAGAAUCAUUUGGCAGACAGAAAGGAGAAUAAGUAAUGAGAUCAUACCUGAGCCCAGUGGCCCAUCCAGCCAGAGUUUAUUCUGGUUUCCAUAGCAUGAAGUGACUAAGAGUAUCACUACUCCCCCCCCUCAGCCUUGAUAGGAUGGUAUUCCAUUGAUUAACACACCCCCCCCCUCCCCCACCAUUUCAUCAGUUUGGCAACAUGUGUUUGGGGGUCAAGUAAAAGGCUGUGAUGUUUUUAUUACAUAAUAUUCGAUCUUAAGUUAACCCCUUGACUCCCAAGAUCUGAUUGUUAAUUCUCCCCUUUAGCUGCUUCACAUUCUUUGAGGAUUAGUUUCGAGAGUUAUCAAGAUAACAACUUCUAGCUGAUAAGUUUGGGUAUUCUCAUGACUGUUUGCUGGAUAUUCAAUGGGUAUUAUAGGGAGAAGUUACAUGCUAAUCACUUCUGGGAUGUACAUGAAAUAGUAUUCUUUUUUUCUAAUAAAGUUUGGAAUUUCUUCUUGGUACUUUCAUAACUAAGCUGUGAGAUGUGGCUUUAACUUCCAAAAACAAUAGUCCAUUUUAGAGUUGCAUGGUUGGUUGCCAAGCCUUUGAACAGGAGUGGGGUUGAAGGUGACUUUGUUAUGAUGCAAACAUUGUUAAUUUUCAAAUGUAAGUUACUUUGUUAUCAUGCUAACUAGAUGCUGGUCUCAAUCACAACAAGGUCACCUUCAGCCUCACCAUAAAUCAAAGGCUUGGCAACUAAGUACUCAACUGUAAAAUCAUCUAUUGCCUGUCAACCCUUUUUGGAAGCUAACUUUUAUUUCAGCUUGACAGACUGGUAACCAACAGAAAUCAUUGGAGGCCUUAUUUGCAUAAAAGUACAUAACUUACAAACUCACCAACUAAUUCUUAUUUCUGGCAACCGUUUUAUGAUUUUGGGUGGCCAAACAACAAUUUCAUAAAUAGUUGAGAUUGGAACUCUGAUCUUUAAUACUCUAAACUCUGAUUUCUGAACUCUGACCCAUGAAUUCUGAUCUCUAUUAAUACUCUUAACUAUGACCUUUAAUCUCUGAUCUGUAACUCCAUUAUUGCCCUCAUCCCUGACCUUGGAACUCUGAUCUAUCACCUCUUUAUCAGUUCCCUGAUCCUGAUCUCUGAUCUCUGAUCUUUAAACCCUGUUCUCUGAUCUCUCUUGAUCUCAGAUAUUUGAUUUGUGAUUUCUGAUCUCUGAUCUUACUCCAGAUACAGGACUUGACAAAGAGUUAAAGCAUGACCUCCCUACUGAUCCUGUCAAACUUCAUCAAUUAAAGGAUCAUAUAGGAAUGGAACUAUUGUGGACAGAACAAGCCAUACAGAGCAGGAAAAAGGUAAGAAAAACCAUUGAAAGCACUGUUGCUUGGGAUCUGAAGGUCUGAGGUUCAAUUCCUCAUGGGGACCCCACAAUUUUUUACCUGUUCCAUGCUCAUGACAAGGUAAAAAAAUAUCUAUCUCUUUUUUUUGUACAGAGCUUUAAACAUACUAUCUCUUUAAUUUUUAUUUGCAAGCUUUGAUAAAACAAAUUUGCCUUUUCAGUAGCAAAGAAAAUGUAUGGAGAUGAGUGCAGAGCUUGCAAGUUGGUGAUCAUUUACCACCUCAACCCUUUAACUCCCAGAAGUGAUUAACAUGACUUCUCCCAUAAAAUAUCCAUAUUUAAUCCAGUAAACAUGUAAUGAGAAUAAUCAAACUUAUCAGGUUUCAGUUAUUUUGAUCUAAUACAGAAUUCUCGUGACUAAUUUACAAGGAAAUGUGUAGAAGUUAGAGGGGAGAAUUUACCAUCAGAUCUUGGGAGUGAAAGGGUUAACCUUUUACACCCCAACAUCAGUAUCCAUGCUUAUUUCUACAAAUUUCCUUUGGUCUUGACGAGGAGAAUUUGUGUUUUAAAAAAUCAAAUUUACUUAGGUUGGCAAUCAAUCCUUUAUUCUCGUGAUCUUAAUGAAUGAUUCAACAGUGUUACUGGUUGGAGAAAUUAAAUGCUGGUCACUCUCAGGAUUAACCUUUUAACUCCACUUCUAAGUGAUUAACAUGUAACUUCUCCCUAUAAUAUCCAUACAUUAUCCAGCAAACAGGUAGUGUGAACACUCAAACUCAUCAGCCACAAGAUGUUACUUUGAUCAAAACCAAAUUCUCAUAACCAAUUUACAAGGGAGUGUGUAGCAGCUAGAGGGGAGAAUUAACAAUCAGAUCUAGGAAGUUAAAGGGUUAAAGGGUUCAUGUUAGACUUAAAAUGGAAGUUAGAUGCUAGUCAUUCUUAGAGGUUAAAUGAUGAAACUUGUUACACAUUCUAUAAUGUUCAUGUUGGACUUUCAUCUCUUUUUUUCCAGUAUUUGAGAUUGAAAGAAGGAUUCAAACAUAAUGUGGGGGAUUAGAGACUCAUUAAUUGGUGUUGAAGACUCUUUACCCCACAUUUGAACCUUCCUGUUUACUUUCAAGUCUACAUUUGGCAUUGCUUUCUGUCCUUGCAAAUCAUGUGUUUAAAGUUAUCAGUAGCAUUGCUCUGGUGGAUGCACCAAUUCAUCCAGGAUUGCAUCACAUCUUCCUUUAUUCAUUUUUAUGUGUUGAAUAUAGUGGCAGUGCUCAAGUUCAAAGUCGCUGCUGAUGAAGGGACAAACACUUUGAGGAAAUUAAAUUCUGAAGAGUGCAAGAGAUGUUUUAAGUUUGGCACAACACUUUUUACUAGAAAAGUUGG